CCCGGAAGUUUUGGAAACUGUGCUGCAUUUGAUUAAGCGUCCUGGACAUAGGCGCUUUCUCUGGGCUCCAGACUACGGAAGUACGGAUACUAGGAGAAGUGCUCACGCUGAAGACACGCUGCUACAGGUCACGGAUUUCCCCGGUUAGAAUGGCAAUGGAACAUCCAGUGUGUCUGAUAGAAAACAACCCUAAUGGAGAACUUGUGGUGAAUCAGGAUGCUCUGAAAAUCUUGUCAGAUAUUACAAAGCCUGUGGUCGUUAUUGCAAUUGUGGGGAGAUAUCGCACUGGAAAGUCUUACCUGAUGAAUAAGCUGGCAGGUCACCGCAGUGGCUUUGCUCUUGGAUCCACCAUCCAGUCUAAGACUAAAGGAAUUUGGAUGUGGUGCGUCCCUCACCCUAGUAAACCUGAGCAAACAUUGGUUUUACUGGACACAGAGGGCUUAGGAGAUGUAGAGAAGGGAAAUAGUGCAAACGAUACCUGGAUUUUUGCUGUAGCUGUUCUGUUGAGCAGCUCUUUUGUGUAUAACAGUGUGGGAACAAUUGACCAGCAGGCAAUGGAUCAGCUACAUUAUGUGACAGAACUGAGUGAACAUAUAAAAACGAAUACAUCACUGUGGGAAACCAUGGACGAGGAGGAAGAAAUAGAUGCAUCUGCAGAGUUCAAGAGGUUCUUUCCUUCCUUCACCUGGUGUGUCCGUGAUUUCUGUUUAGAUUUGGAGAUAGAUGGGAAGCCAAUAACCGAAGAUCAAUAUCUGUGCAAUGCUCUGAAGUUAAAGUCAGGGUUUAGUAAAAAAGUCUUAGAGUACAACCUGCCCCGUGAAUGUAUCCGUCAUUACUUCCAUUCCCACAAGUGCUUUGUUUUCGAUCAACCAGCCAAUAAACAAAAUCUCCAACGCCUUGACGACCUACCAGAUUCAGAAUUAGACCCUACGUUCGUAAUGCAGACUGAGAAAUUCCUUUCCUAUGUGUUUGACAACAGCCAACCUAAAACAAUGCCAGGAGGACACAUUGUAACUGGGAGAUUGUUUGGGAAUCUCACAAGCACAUAUGUUGAGACGAUUAAGAGUGGUUUGAUUCCUUGUAUUGAAAAUGCUGUGCAAACUUUGUCAAAGCUUGAAAAUUCUAGAGCAGUAAAUGAUGCCCUGUCCAAAUAUGAAGAAGAGAUGAGUCAUAAUAUAAACGAAUUUCCAACAGAAACUGAGAAAGAAUUCAUAUAUGUCCACCAGAAAUGUGAAAAAGAGGCUCUUAAAGUCUUUAUGGACCGUUCCUUCAAAGAUGAAAAUCAAGAGUAUCAAAUAAAACUCAUUAGUGGGCUAGAAGAAAAUAGGAUAAAAUAUUACCAGUGUAAUGAAGAGACAUCAAUAAUGAAGUGCAAAUUCUUACUACAAGAACUGAGUGAGAAACUAGAAAAGAAAAUAGCAGAGGGAGAAUAUUCCAGGCCUGGAGGUCAUAAAGAGUUUAUGGAAGAAAAGCACAAGUUGAUUGAUACUUAUCAUCAAAGUUCUGGGAAAGGGAUUAAGGCCCUUGAGGUACUACAGGAGUUCCUCAAAGAGAAAGAAGAUGUUGAGGCUGUCAUUUUGAGGGCUGACCAAACUAUGACAGAUGCAGAACGGAGAAAAGCUGAGGAGCAUGCAAAGGCCGAGGCUGCUGCAAGAGAAAAUGAGAUAAAGGAAAGAAACCUCAAGUGUCUAGAGCAAAUCAGGGAGGAUCAGCAGAGGUGCAUGGAACAGCAACAGGAAAUGCUGAAGCUGAAAUUAGAAGAAGAACGCAAAAAGACCAUAGAGCAAAACGAAUGGCUGAUAGCUCAGAAACUGAAGGAAAAGCAAGAUCUGUUAGCUAAAGGAUUUGAACGACAGCGGGAAAUGUUGGAGAAUCAGAUUCGGCAUCUGCAGAAAAUAAAUGAGGAAGCAAAAAAAAAAAGUUUUCUGGGAGAACUUCUUUCCCCAAUUACAGCAUUUUUCAGUCAUAUUUUUGGCAGCUCAUCUAGAUCAAAUGAACAUUUCAAAUAAUCAAGUUUAUCCUUACAAAAGAUGGAAAAGAAAAUAACUAUAACAAUGAUUGUUAAUGUUUAAUAUGUUUGUCAUGUAGUGGAAUUUUCUGCGGCUAUAAUUGCUCAGAAUCUUCCUCACUAGCUUCCUUAAUAAUGAAUCAUACUCACAUGUUUAGGUAACCUGAGAUUUUUUAAUAUAUAGGGGCCCAUGAAGGUCUGUGUUUCUGGCGAGCCUAAAGACCGCUGCUCCAUAACCUGACUGCCUGCUCUGAGAAGGCAGACAGACAUCGCAAGAAUACGAUCAGGUUGAUUGACACCUCCUGCUAGCGGCCGCAAAUCUGCAGGAGGCGGCAUUGCACCAGCAGUUCACACAAACUGCUGGUGCAAUGAUAAAUGCCGACAGCGUCCGCUGUACGCUGUCAGCAUUUAUCGAUGUGCGGCGGACAUGAUCCGCAAUAUCAGAUCAUGCCCGUCCGCACCUUCAUAAAUAGGCCCCAUAAUCUUUUUUGUUCCUUGUCUGUAAAUUACUAUUAUAGACAAUCCCCCAUGAAUUUUGAGAACAAAGAGAAAAUAGUAUUGAUAAAAAUAAAUGAAUUUAAGUUCUUAAUCUAAAGUUGCAUGAAACACAUAAUUUAUUUUCCAUGAUUCAGGCAGAUCAUAAAAUGUUAAAUAUAUAUAUAUACUGUUAACAAGUUUGUUUCAUUUGCUUUAUAUACUUUGUUGCAGUAGCAGCAAUGCACUGUGGGAAUCUAGCUAAAAACAACAGGUGAACCAGUGACAAAAAGCAUAUACUGUAUAUGUGCAGCCACCAACUUUUAUUUUAAAUUGCAUGUUCUGAAUCCUAAAAAGGUAAUUUUUACAUUACUGUCCCUUUAAAUGUGACUUCCACUUCUCCCCAUCACUUACUGAACCAAAAUGUAUUAACUAUUGUUUCUAACUGAUUAUUUCCUAAGAAGUAUGUAUAUUAAUGUCAGCUUUUAGUGCAUGCUGUUUAACCUUAUGGAUAAUAAUGCCCCAUAUCACAAUCAAAAGUGUUCAGUAUGGCUUUUUGUAGAGUUAUCAGAUUUUAAAUUCUAAUCCAUUAAAAAUACAUUUAACAAUCAAA